GGACAGGUGUUUAAGUACUGAUCCACACACACACAGUCAUAGCACAUCCUGCAAAAGUGAUCACAUUUUAUUCUAAAUUUUAAGGGAAUCCAUCCUGAACCUAUGAAUGAUGUGGUGGUGCAAAAACCAGCGACGGUGGGCAAGAGUGGUCUUAGCUCCACAUUGUACCAGGCAUAUUCAGGACCAUUUCCUGACCCUGACAUGAUGGCAUCUGGAGCCAAGCUACGCCACUUGGCUCCUGAAUUCCCAGGUCUUCCUUUUAUGCAACAUACUUUUUCCAAGUUGCACUUUGUUCCAGCAUUGCAUCAGCUCAUGCACCUCCAGUCACUCCAAGUGUCACCACAAAUGGCCAGUGAAAUUGAGAAGGGAACCAGGCAGCAGUCAAAAUGUCCUGCAUGGGCACAGUUACGUCAACCAUGGUUAACUGCCAGUCGCUUUCAAGAGGCCUGCUCUUCCUGGGAGGGAAGUGUGGACCCAGAGUCUGCAGCCAAGGCCCUCGCUGUCCAAAUGAUAAGAGGCUCCAAAAAGCAAACUGCUGCAAUGAAGCGGGGUCUCCUAAUGGAGUCAGAGGUCCUGGCAAGUUAUGCUGAAGUAAUGCGAGUUAAUGUGCUCCCUGCUGGAUUUGUCAUUCACCCAGAAGCACCACAUCUCAGGGCAAGUCCAGAUGGUAGGGUGUAUGAUCCUUCAGAGUCACCACCAUUUGGACUUGUUGAAGUGAAGAGCACCACUAAACACGAUGCUUCGCAGGUUGCUCACCUUAAGAGGGAAAAUGGCUCUGUCAGCGUGAGGCGUUCACACCGUUACUACUGGCAGGUUCAGGGACAGUUAGCAGUAACCAGCCUAGAGUGGUGUGACUUUGUCACAGACACACAGAUAAGUUUGUCUGUUGAAAGAAUUUGGCGAGAUGAUUCAUUCAUAAUCAAAAUGAAGGACAAAUUAGACCUUUUCUACUACAACACAUACAUGAAUGUUUACUUGGAAUCACACUGAACUGUUUAGGACUCUCAAUAGAUGUCUGAUGUAAUUUACUGUGAAUAAUUUUAAUUAAUCUUUUGUUUUUACUCAUUUUAUAUUUUACAUAUUAACUAAUUAAUUAGUUGAUUUUCAUUUUUGCACAGUAUAAAAUCAAAAUGUUUAUGUUUAUCGAAUCAGUUCAUGUUCAUCUACCUGUCUACAGCAUAACACCUUGCUCAUGGCACAC